CCAGGAUGUCUAUCCCAGAUGGUUUUAGACAGGGAACUGAACCCAGGAUGUCUAUCCCAGAUGGUUUUAGACAGGGAACUGAACCCAGGAUGUCUAUCCCAGAUGGUUUUAGACAGGGAACUGAACCCAGGAUGUCAAUCCCAGAUGGUUUUAGACAGGGAACUGAACCCAUGAUCUCUGCCUCAGAUGGUCUUAGGCUAAGCGCAAAACCAGUGAUGUUAAUUCCGGAUGGUUUUAGACAGGGAACCGAACCCAGGAUGACAAUCCCAGAUGGUUUUAGACAGGGAACUGAACCUGUGCGUAAAGUCCCAGAGGGCUUUAAACAAGGAACCGAACCCUCCAUGUCUAUCCCAGAUGGUUUUAGACAGGGAACCGAACCCAGGAUGUCAAUCCCAGAUGGUUUUAGACAGGGAACCGAACCCAGGAUGUCAAUCCCAGAUGGUUUUAGACAGGGAACUGAACCCAGGAUGUCAAUCCCAGAUGGUUUUAGACAGGGAACCGAACCCAUGAUGUCAAUCCCAGAUGGUUUUAGACAGGGAACUGAACCCUCCACCUCAAGGCUCCAAACACAGACAGUAGCAUGUAAGGGGGAGAUCAUCAAUGGAAACUGCUAUGAGUUCAACCCCACACCACUGGCCUUUCAAGAUGCACAGGCGUUAUGCAGAGAUCUUGCCCCAAAUGCUGAGCUUGCAUCUGUAACCAGUGACGAUCUACAUUCCCGCCUGGUGUCCUUGGUGACCAGUGGUGGCGAGAACAACCCUGUGUUGACCUGGCUGGGAGGAAUGGUCAAGAACCAGCAGGCAUCCUGGGUAGAUGGGUCAGAGUGGAGUUACAGCGACUGGAUGCCAGGUCACCCCAACAUUCAGACUGAUAAACCAGUUUGCGUGGACAUGUUCAAGAUAGAUGAGAGCUGGUGGACGGCCACUGAUUGUGAACUGAAGAGAGCGUCCAUCUGCUCAUACCCGAUCGCUGCAUGAAAACCACAAAGAAACACAACAUAAGAGAGUGACCACCUUGAUUCGUCUCCUCUUGAAUAUCCUGAACAAUCUUUCUCACAGACAUUGUUGUCUGUCUGUGUUUUCCUUAAAUAAAACUUUGCAUUUUGAA